AUGGAGAUUUCUGAUGUUGGUUCUAGUAGAGCGAAUGGUCAAGUAGAGAGAGUCAUGAGAACGUUGAAAAGCUUGCUUACAAUAGUAGAAAAUGAACAGAACAAAACAUGGCGUGACCAACCAGGCAAUAUUCAGUUAGCGCUAAAUAGUACGAAAUCCACAGUGACUAAAUACUCACCAACAGAAUUAAUGUUCGGGAUUCGCGACAAUCAUUGGCAAACUAAAUUAGACAAGAAGUUUAAAGGGCCAUUCAUUAUAACAUCGGUAUUAGAAAAUGAUCGCUACGAACUGAAAAAUAUUAACGGUUCAAAUCGCGUUUACAAAUGCUCAUGAGAACUUGCGUCCAGUACCUAAGGGACAUACCGGUUUACUUGAAAUCACUGACAGCCUAUUGAAUGAAGAGGAGACCGUGUCGGCG